CAUCGAGUACUUUUUCUUUUCAGGCAAUGUCAUCUUCUGUUUCAAUAACGCGUAAGAAAACGUUGGGAUCUAUUAAAGAGGUUGAAGAUGGCAAAUUCUGUAACCUAUCAGUACUCGACCGUGUCAUGGAACCGUUUAGCCUCCGCAUCGUCUUAUACUAUCAAUUUCCAGCUAAUACCGAUUUCACCAAGCUGAAGAAAAAGUUCGGUAUUUCAAUAUCAUACACACUUUCAGCAUUUACAAUUGUGGUUGGGAGGUUGAGACCAAACCCUACGCCGUCAGAGGGUCACUGGCAUAUCAAAUGCAACGAUGCUGGCGUGAGAACCAUUGAAGCAAGAGCAAAAUGUAGCCUUAACGAGUGGCUGAUGUCUGUGACCAGAGAGAAGGAGCUCGAGCUUAUUUAUUGGGAUGAAAUGCCUAACAAUCCACAUUUAUGGUCUACCUUCUAUGUUCAGCUUACAGAAUUUGAAGAAGGUGGCUUUGCAGUUGGAUUAAGCUGUGCCCAUCUGCUUGCAGACGCAACGACUGCCACCAUGUUUCUCAAAGCCUGGGCUGAUUCCCACCUACUGAGGAAAUUGCAAUCUCCUCCAUUGUUCCACCCCUUGCCACCACGAAAACCGUGCACCAGCAAUACAGAAAACCAUGAACCGUACUCCGACUUGAUCAGCCACUACAAAUCAUCUAUAGAAAGCAUCUCUAACUCAAUCACUGCAUCAAAAGGUGAAGAGUACUCAACAAUCACUUUUGCUUUUAGUGAUGAAAUGGUUAGAAAAUGCAUAUUUGAGGCAUCAUCAAACUCAUCGCCUUUUGCUGCACUGGCUGCACUGUUUUGGGUAUGCAUUAGUAAGGUGAAAGGGAGAAACGACGGGCUUAUCAACAUGUGUGUGUGUUUAGAUAUGAGAAAUGUGUUGGGACUUGGAAAAGAAUUUUUUGGCAAUUGUAUGGUUUUCAAGAAGGUGUCUGGAGACAUUGGGGUAGUAGAUAAAGAAGCUGGACUAGCGAAUGCGGCUCGGGCAAUACAGAACGUUGUUUGUGAAAUGGAGGAAAAGGAAAGGAUUAUGGAUUUGAUUGAAUGGCUAGAAAAGAAUUCUGGUACUCAUCGGUUAUUCCAACCGAUUAAUGGUAAUGAUAUUAUAUGUGCUAACUGGGAUAAGUUAGAUCCGUAUUCGGCCGAAUUCGAGUCCGGUUUUAAUCCGGUACGGGCUUCGUACCACUUGGGACCUGUAUUUGGAGAAGGACAAGUGAUAAUCCUUCCAUCACCAAAGGAUAGUGAAAAAGAAGGUUCAAUGGGUAGAGUAGUAAUGGUUACACUUCCAAAAGAUGAAGCUGCUAAACUCAUUGAAGAAUCCUUAAUUCUCAACUUGUCUCCCAAUAUUCUCAUGAAAAGUUAGGUCUGAAAAAUGAGUUUGUGAACUUAAUUGAGACAAAAUAAAUAUGUGUUUAUCAUGAAAAUAAUUGGGUUAUUUAGUUUUAACUCAAUAAAUUAGAAGAAACUAUAAAUCAUACUUGGUGCUAGUAAG